AUGGGUGUUAAGCGCAACCAUUCAGGCCAGGUGGUGGUGCCCUCAACGUCAACAACCCAGCCUCAGGGAAGAUUCACCUCGCUCUUUGAGGGCUUCCGGGCGGAGCUUGAUGAGCACUAUGAUCGAAAGGAGAGGAUUGUCAAGGCCUCCAGAGAUGUUACGGCCCACAGCAAGAAGAUCAUAUUCGCUCUUCAUCGAUCCAAUGCCAUAAACCAAGACCCCAACCCUUCAAUCCAAAAAGAAGUCACCACCCGCCUCGCCGACAUCCAAAAGUCCCUCUCCCCCAUCGCCGCCGACAUCACCGGCCUCUACCGCUACCGCUACUACCUCCCCUGCCUCGAAGAACUCGUCGAAGCCCUCACAUUCUCGCACUACCUCCGCACGCAAACCCUCCUCUCCCUCACCGACGCCCGCGCCGCCGUCCCCUGCGGCGUCGAGCUCACGGAGAAGGACUACGUGUACGGCGUGUUCGACCUCUUCGGCGAGAUGAUGCGGUUCGCGACGGCCAAGUCGAGGGCCAAGGGCGUGCUGUUGGCGGAGGAGGAGAGUCCGAAGGGAAGGAGCGUGUUGAAUGAUAUCCAGGAGUUGGGGUGUGCGUUUGAGACGUUGCCGAAGUUGGGGGAGAAAGCUUUUGGGAUGAAGUUGGAGGCUAUGAGGGCUAGUGUGAGGAAGGUGGAGGUUUUGGGGUAUAGGCUUGUUAUUCAACGGGGGGAGCACGAGGAGGGAUGGAUGCCAGAUGCGGAUGUGGAGGAGGACUUUGGGGGACGGGAGUGA